UUCAUUUGAGGUUUCGAGCUCUUUUGAUGCAGACAUGGAGCAGAAGCUGGCAGAGUUCAGAGCUCGAAAGAGGGCCGAGAUGGAAGCGGAGAAAAGCGCACAGGACGAGAGACGUGAGCAGAAGGAUCCGACUGAGCCGCUGGUGGAAGCAGCCUCUGCAGAGGAGGCGCAGAGCAAAGCAGACAAACUCCAAGAGAAGGAAAGCUCUGAAUGGCUGCUGGACAGUGCUCUGGGCCGCUGGCUGGGAGUGCAGCGAUUGGCCUUCACUAAUCUGACCCUGCUGAAAGUGCUGCUUUGGCUGGUGCUACUUGGGCUUUUCUCUGAACUUGAAUUUGGGCUGCCGUUUUUCCUCCUGUCUCUGUUCUACUGGAUCUAUGAAGGUCUGCGGAGUCCCACUGCGAGACGACCUGGAGAGCUCAGCGCUUACUCGGUCUUUAAUCCCGACUGCCAGCCAAUCUUGGGCACUUUAACUGCUGAACAGCUGGAGGGAGAGAUGGGGUACAGACCCAUGGCCAACAGACUGAGGUCAUGACGGACUACUGAAAGCUGGUUAGAACUCUGCUGCAGAAGAAAUGGAUGUCUACACUGUCCAGCACACAUGACCUUCUGGACAAUCUGAAUCAGAGGACGUUAAAGAGUGACUAAUAUGAGGAGGGCUUAAAAAAAAAAGUGAAAUAUUGUAUAAAAGUCAUGUUUGAGUGCAGCUCCCCACAUUUAACUGGAUCUUGAAUGGGAGAUUGGACACAGGCCUGUUUUAAGUCUGCAUUCCUUCAAAAUAUGUAGGCAAAAAAAGGGUCCCCUUAACCCCAUUAGCUUAUAUCUAUGAUAUAGUUGCAUAAGUUGUACAUUUGUGGUACAGUUGUACUCAGACGUUUGUCCUGGAGUAAUGUCCCCUUUAUAGAUGAUAUCAGCCUUUUUCAUUAGUGACCUAGUUUUUGACCGCAAAGCAAUAAACAAAAUACAUAAACAAUGCAUUUAUAAUUGUUUAAGCAAACAUUUACACAUAUAGCUAAAACACAAACCUAGUGCCUUCGUUACAAACACUUCCACUUUUUUCCUGCAUCUAAGUGACAUCAGAACCUGGCAUUUUGUCAGUGCAGUUGUGUGGCGAAAUAAGGUCUUCUGGCCAAAUGGCUUUCAGGGUAAUUUAUUGGGUUUGGGCGCUUUAAAUUUUCUCUUGAUAAACUUGUUCAUACCAGAUGACUCUUCAUAUGCAUUCAAGUAACAGCUGUAUGUCUGUAUAAAUGUAUAUAUGCGCAUCUAUAUUUGCGUCCAGACCGCAUCUGCCUUGCUGUCAAAACAGGUCACUCAUGAAAGGGGCCACGAGAAACACAGAACAAUAUUUAGUACAAUUUAUCAUACAUGACUUAACUUCUGAGAACCACUGCAUACAGUUUCAAAUUGGCGACGGUUGGCACAGGCACAACAUCAGACAAUGCAGAAUGCUGGCCAGUGACAGCUGUUUAAAGAUGUACAUAAAACUCCUACUCUGGACUUUCAACUGCUAUUGAUCAUUUAAUUUUUUUGAUAAACAGCAUUCUUUCUGUUUCCAAGAAAAUCAGUUUAACUAAUUAAAAACAAACAUUCCAAGCGUU